UUUGGACUAGAAGAGGAAAAAGUGGGAAAACUAAAACAUAUCAUUGCAUGUGCCAACCAACAUUUAAAAUUUGAAAUAAAGGGUCAUCUAGCCACAUCUUCAACUUGUAUAGAUCACUGUACCACAUUUAGCCUCAGUGACUCAAAAUCCACCCAAUUUCGUUCAACUUGUGCACAUGAACAUUCAGAUAGUUGUACCAAGUGCAGUAUUGUUGAUAAGUCAUUACAAGAAGUAUCAGAUACAUUUCAAAACAUGAAUUCCAUCCCAGCCGAAAAAAUUGAUGAAAUAGAUCAUGAGUUAUCACGAGCACAAGAGCAAAUAUUGACAUGGAAGGCACUUUGUGUCAGGACAGUUCAUCAAGAUCAAGCAAAACAAACUGCUCAGUAAUUAAAAACCUCAUCAGGCCCUAAUUGUAAUGGACUGGGCUAUGAAGUUUUUACCUGUGAGACACAGAGAAGCCCAAAGUGACUUUUUCGGCAAAAAGGGAGUAAGCUGGCAUGUUUCUUCUGUUGUCACUCUUGAUACUGAGGUUGAACCUAAAUUGAAGACAAACUUUAAUGUUCACACUCUUGUGCACAUUCUUGAGUUAGGCAAUCAAGGAUGGUUUUCUGUAGCUCACAUACUAACUGACCUUUUACAGCAAUUACCACUUAUAUUACCUUUGGUAACUGAAAUCUUUCUAAAGAGCGAUAAUGCUGGAUGUUACCACUGUGUGCCACUGAUUUCUUACAUUCAUAAUAUUAAUGUAAAUGGAGACUUCUCUGUUAAGAUUGUACAAUACAACUUUAGUGAAGCGCAGUCUGGCAAAGAUAUAUGCGAUUCAAAAACAUCUCACUGCAAGAUGCAUAUAUUGAGGUACUCUGGUGAGGGACAUGAUGUUUUGUCUGCAGAGGAUAUGUCAACUGCCUUAAACUCAAAUGGAGGUGUUAAAGGGGUUUUCAAUGCUGUGGUUGCAAUUGAUCAGAAACAUCAGACCAAGACAAAAACCAAAAUACCCAACAUUAGCGCAAUGAACAAUUUUGAGUUCUACAGUGAAGGGGUUAAAGUGAGGCGUGCCUAUGGAAUAGGAAAUGGCAAUUUCAUACCAAAUCUUCAGUUUAAGGACAACACACUCAUGGAAGGUUUUCAGGUAAUUAUUCCAUUUUCCAAUUUUGUUGCGGACCAUCAUGGGAGAAUUGUACAUGCAAGGAAUAAUAUUGAUGUUGAACAUGAAAAUGUGGGUAAUGAGAAUGACACUGAAAAUGUGGGUAUUGAGAAUGUCAUUGAAACUGUGGAGAAUGUGAUGGAAGAAGAUGUGAGUAAUGAUGGUUUAUUUGCGUGUCCAGAUCAAAGUUGCACCAAGGUGUAUACAAAACCUCAUUUUCUAGAAGCACAUAUAGUAAUUGGAAAUCAUGUAUAUUCAACUAGUGAGAAUAGUAAUGAUUCUGUCAAAUUGAUUUGGGCACAACAAUGUGAGGCAGUUGACAGAGAACACAAAGUCCUCAUACAAUCUGUUUCUUCAAUCGAUAUGAAUGUCAAUGAAGGAUGGGCUCUGAAACUGAACAAACCUUUUAAAAGAUUCACCAAAAAGGUAAAAGACUUCCUAUUUGAUAUAUAUGUAAAGUGUGAAAGUUCAGGGAGAAGACCAAAUUUUGAUAAACUAGCAACUGAACUCAAGACAACAAGACAUGAGAAUGAUGGCACCAAAAUGUUCACACGGGAAGAAUGGUUAUCACCAUCGCAAAUACGCAGUCUUUUUGCUAAUUUUGUCAGGCUUGGUGCUGAAACUUCUAUAAAAUCAGAAGAUACUGCUGAUGUUAUAGAAAAUGUUUUAGAGGAAAUCAAUUCACUUGAAUAUCACAACAAUAUGGCAGAAUUGGCAACAGACAUUGUGCAGCAGUUUCUGUAGAUGUACAUGUGUGCAUGUUCAUAAUAUUCAAUUUGUUGUAUUGUAUUUGGUUGAAUAACUACAAACAUGUAUGUAAUAUUUCAUCUCAAAGAUACCGAUAUUGCAACUGUUUUGCAUGUACAUAUACAUACAAUUUGUAUACUUGAUCUCAUAAAAAAAGACAUUCCUUUCAACAAAUUUCAAAAUGACUGCCUUAAUAUGCAAGUGGUACAUUCAUGUGGAGAAAAACGUCUCGUUCUUUAUGUUCUCCAAGAUUUUUAUUAAAGUGAUAUGAAAUGUGCUUUUUACUAUAAUAACUUUUGAACCAAUGCAUGCAGAUGUACUGAACGAAGUCCUGUAUCCAUGUUUUUUUUAUGUUUAUGACGAAUCAAUUUAACUUAUAAUCGACAAAUAUUUCAUUAGGUAAUUGUUGUUCACAAGCUAUUAAACAUUCGAUUUGGUUGCCAAAGUUCAAAACCAAGAUCAUGUGCAGCACAUUUUUCAUAAGUAAAUAGAUAAAAGCCACGAUCAUUUUUGAAAAUUUUAUUUUCCAUGAAUUCCUAGUUAUGAAUUUAAGUUUUCCCUCACAGUUGUUGAAUGAUUUAAUGUUUUGAAUUGUUCUUAAGAACAAGUUAUUACUUUUUUACCUUCCUGUCCACAUUUGUUUACAUCAUGGUUUUCCCCUUGCACUUUCACUGUGUGGUGGCCAAAGUUCUAACAAGAGGUCAUAGUUAAGGUCAAUGCGUAUAGGAAGACAAUAUUUCAAUAGAAGUUCAAUUAUGAAGAUUUUGAUGAUAUUAUAAAGAAUGUUCUUUUACUGGAAUGUUAACAUACACUUGAUGUUAUUGUAUAGUAAAACUUAGCCAUUGAAGCAUAAAAAACAUAUUCCAUUUUUUUUAAAUUUAAAGUUUCAGAUGACUUCAUAAAAUUCUGCUAUUUCCGAGGGUCUUAUGUAGGCCCUUAUAGGUACCGUAAUCAUAACAAUUUUAACUUUUCAUUCAAAAUUCUUUAUAAAUUUUGCACCAGUAUUAUAGACUUAAAAUUUGUAAAUGUCUGAUUUUAGCAGAAUGGUUUGUAUAUGUCAUG